UAUGAAUUAGAUAAAUAAAAGAGUAACAUUACAUAAAAAGUAGAUCCUCCCCGACAUACAAAGUAGAUAGUAUAUUAUAUUGAAAUAUAUAUACGAGUGGUGCAAAUUGCUACAAAAAUCAAUGUAGCAAACCAAAACAGUAUCAAGAUCAUAAAUUGCUUUAAGCCAGAUUGCUACUAAUUAUGGUCCAGGCUAAAUGCAUUUUGAAAAUCACUCUGACAUGGAAAGAGCCAGUCCAGUUUCCUGUAUUAAGUUGGAUGAAGCGCUGAAGAGCAUCGACGCCUAACGAUUCAUCAAUGGCGGUGGCGUCGGAGGUAGUGCACGAUGGCAGUCUAGACGAGACUGGAGCUCUAAGUGGGGGAAUUUCACGAAUAAACAACUUAUGCUUUCGGAAACACAAAGGCGAAAAUCUAGAUAUGAAGGAAAUUAGGGGUGAAAUGGGCGAGGUACAAGGAAAUAGUAUAGAAGAGAUAGCCCGUUGCUAUGAGGGAAUGGAGUCUGCGACUGUGAGUCCUCCACGGUGUCGCGCGCUUGGAAGAAAUUAUAUCUCAUCCCAAAAAUUAGGCAGCUCCAUUUGUGUUGUGUGCUUAGCAGCUCUAAAAAUUAGAAAGCUCGCAAAAUGCUUAACAGCUCAGGUCGACGAUUUCCGCAGGUUCUGCUUUGUUGUUGUGUGCGAUGAAAUAUUCGAAGGAGAUGACAUUCGAAGGAGAUGACAAGGUUAAAGAAGGCUUUAAGUAAAGGCAGAGCCGUCUGAACGGCAAAGAGUGUUAAAAUGAAGCUGAACUAUUAAGUCGAAUUUUGUUUGAGCGAAUAAGUACUAUUUCUUAUUAAGUCCCAAGUAAAUAGGGGUGAGUUCGGUUUAUGCGGUUCGGUUUUGACCUAAAACCAAAUGUAGAAUCAAAUUAAAAACUUCGGUUCGGUUCGGUUCGGUUUGCUCAUACUUUUUUGUCCAACCACGGUUGAAUCGGUUCGGUUUUGUUCGGUUUGACUCCGGUUUUUUCGGUUUUAAACCAAAAAGACACAUACUUUCUGAAAAAAGAAAUGAGGUGCAAAUAACCAAAGUGUAGGAAAAUAAAACACUAAGUAUCGAAGAAUGUCAAUCCCUGCCUUACAAUUUAAAUAUAGUGCACUAAACAUUAGUACUUGACACCUAAAAGCUAAAUGCAAUAAACUUGAAAAUAGUGCAGCAAAAUAAAAUGCAGUCCCAAUUGAAAUGAAAAUAAAAUGCAGUCCCAAAAUAAAAAGAAAAAAGCAAAUGCA